AUGUCCAAUACCAUGCUGCUUGUGAACGAAGCAAACAUGAACAGAUACCCAUCGCAGUCCACCACACAGCUUCCUAGCUUGAACUCGGUCCUUACCAAGAUCCAGUCCGAGCAAAAGUGGCCGCUUCCUAAUCCCACAGGCACUCGGACGAUUGCGCUCCCUUCCACGCAGAAUAUACUCCAGCCAUACGUCGAUGCCUCAGCUAGACCUGACCACGACUUUCCGAGAAAGAUGCCUUCCUUUGGCUACUCCGAGGCUGCAUUCCAACCACCUUCGUCGGUUACUUUACCAACACCGUUGGCCAGUCCAAAGCCGACCAAACAACCCGAUUCCAUUUCUCCGGUGCGAAGAUACAGAUGCAAGGUGUGCACAAAGAUGUUUACAACUUCUGGCCAUCUAGCUAGACAUACCAGAAUCCACACAGGUGUUAAGAACCAUUUGUGUCCUCAUGAAGGCUGCGGAGCACGGUUCUCGCGUCAGGACAACUGUAUGCAACACUACAAAACACACCUGAAUACUAAGAAGACCCGCAAGCGUGGCAAGAGCAUGUAA